AUGGCUGCCCCAGUAUACAUCAUCUCCCGGGUUGCGGACCCCAUCUUUGCCGUCUUCAUCGGCGUUUCCGCUGCGGCUCUGAGAAUCAACCGUGAGGAGAAGGAGAAGGGCCGCACCACCCAGGAGAUCUUUCAGAUUGCUCGCCGGCGCCUUGGUCUUGCGUCGACUGCCAAGAGCUCGUGA